CCUAAGCCCCCCUUCCUCCCCGAAUCCCGGCAGCCCUUCGGGGUGGGAGCCAGCGAGGGGCUGUGGGAAAGGUGCUCGGUGCCCACCUCGCCAUAUCCUGCCUCCCCACCCUCCUCACCACAGCCGCGUCCCUUCCCCCAGUCUCCUCUUCCCCAUCCCUAAACAGCCCAAAUUAGGGCUGGGCUCAUCCUCCUCCAUGCAGAGACACCUGGACACGGAGCAGCACAGAGUGGGGCUGGUAUUCUUUAUGGUGGGCUUCCAAGAGCCCCUCCCCGGCCCCCUGCCUCGGGGUCCCGCAGGGCAGCCAGCCCUGCAGUGGGCAGAUGGUGCUGGCACCGGCACCGAGCAGCUCCAUGUUGGCUGAUGGACGGCUCUUGAGGGUGUUAAAAAUAUAUUUUAAAAAAACCUCUUUGUUUAAUAACCCCCUCCCCAUCGCUCCAAAAGCCCAGAUGGCUUCGCCUCGCCGGCUCCCCCGCAGCCCGGCCAGCCCCGCUGCACACACAGCCCACGCAGCCAGCGCCGCUGGGGGUUUAAUUUUAAUCCCGGGUCCUGCUCUGCCGACAUGCCUGCCGUGGAGAAUGGCAUGGCUUGGCACGGGGAGCCGAGAGCAGGGCAGCAGCCGGUCCCACGUCAUGGGCUGUGUGCCACCAGCCCCGUGGCACUGUCUGGUGUGGCACCAGCCCCACGGCUGCGGCGGGAGCGGGGCUGGAAGUGAUGCCAGGAUCCUCAUCCCGGGGGUGCUGCCGGCUCUUCUGCAAAGCACUUUCAGCUCUAAACCCAAAACUUUGAUCCGCCAGUAACGCCAUCAAUGUUUAAUGCAGCAAAGCCCUGGUAGGGCUCGGAAGAUGAGCAUUUUGAGGCCAAAUUGAAGUUUCUAAUAUUAUGAUAUUCAAAUAAUUUUAAUCUGCCUGAUGCAUCCCCAGGCAUGUACCUGGACUGCUAAUGAGGGGCUGCCUUCAGCCGCUGUUGCUUUUGACAGAAAACAAACAAUUCUUUGCAGGUGCCAUCAAAGGGUUGGGAAUGGAGAGGUCUGGGGAGGGAAAUGGGGGCGAGCACGCAUGGAGCCAGCGUUGCAGCUGGGAGAGAAGGGUGCCGUGUUUGCCUCAGCUCCCUGGGGAACAGCAUUGCUCCCUAAUUCUUUUUUAAGUGUUGGUUUGUGCUUGGUGAAAAAUGAGGCUGGUAUGGAUGGAUGGUGGGAUUUCGGGAAACUUCUGUCCCACUGUAGAGUGGACAAAAAGGUGGAGAGUCCAGCACCCAUCAAAUUGCAUCUGAUGCUUGCCCAGCCUUGGCCAAAGCUCCUUGUUCCCCACUUCCCCAGUGCCACGUGGAUCUGAGCUAGGGCAGCUCCACAGCCUGUGCCAGGCAGUUCCCCAAGCCCCCAUUUUCCCCUCCCCAUGCUGUUGCCAGCCCCGAGUUUUCCCACCCAUCCACCCAACCCACACAGGGAAUAUUUCAUUUUUACCGAGCUCUCCUGACCCACAGCAGCUGCUUAGGGAAAUGGAUUUCCUGCUGACACAAGCAUUGCUUCCAGUCAGUAUAAACCCAGGUGAAGGGGGCAUGGCAGGGGUGAUGGAGACCUUGGCACAGGGCUGAGGGGACCCCAAAAAAAUUCAUCCUAAGGCACGUUGGGGUCCUGCAGCUGCUUUUUGGGCUUUGGGGGUGCAGACCUCCCUGAUGCCUGCAUUCAGCCCUGGUUGGGGUCACCUGCAGGACAAAAGCAAUGGCUUGAGGGACCUAACAGAGCCCUGGGGAUGGUGAUUUGCAUCCCACCAAAGGUCUCACCCUCUCUGUAACCUCACAAGCAAGGCUUUUCCAGCCGUUCUAUUACCACACUGCUAACGGGAGAGGAGUUCAUUUUUACCAUUUAACGUUUCACGGAUAAUUAAUUAUUCUUCAUCUUUCCAGCAAAAAAAGGAAGAGCAAGUACAGGGGCUAUUCAAAGCAAAAAAAAAAAAAAAAAAAGUCAGCUGAAACCCAGGGAAAUUGCUGAAUUAUUUGUAACAUCAAAGGCAGGCAAGGAUGUGCUGAUUUAACGGGGCCCGUGCGACGCAGAGCCCUGGGCAUGGUGGUGAUGCUGGGACUGGAUGCACUCAUUGCAGCAGUGGUCAUGGGCACUGGGGGGGAUGAGGGGUCUGGGGGGCACCCCAAUCUCUGCCUGUGCUGCCCAUCCUCCUCCUCUCACCUCCCCAUGGCUGCGAGCUGCCAGUUCUGCCUUUGCGCGAUGUUGGGGUCCCCGUGACCUGGUGGGAGCCUCCAGUGCUCCCCAGUGAUUCAUUCAUCACCAGAGGCAAGUGGCAAAAUAAAUAAUGAUAUUUAACAUUUCGUAAUAACGACAAUUAACCAGUAAAUAAUGCCUUUUACACCGCAGAAGCCAGAGUAAAUUAAUUCCCCUAAUUAGCUGUCAGGCAGCAUGGGACAGUGGUGGCAGUGGGCAAAACUGGCAGCCCCUGCCUGUGUUAUCCCCCACUCUGAGGCAUUGUCCCCAAACCCCAGUCACACCCCAACAUUUUACAGACUUGCAAAAUCCACCAUGCUGCAUCCUGGCAGCUCUGGUGAGCCCUAAAUCACCCCUAUCUCCUGUUAAAAAAAUAACAACAAAAAGAUGGUGACAAAGUGGUUUAUGGCUGCAAUAAAUUGUGCUGGAGGAAAAAAAGCCUUGUUUGCCUGGAAGCAAGGGGGGGUUUCCCACUGGCACACAAAUGGAAGCCCUGUGUCCCACCAGAGCUGGAGCCAGCAGUGCCCAGUGGAAAGGGGGAAUUCUUGGAAGUGUUUUCCUUCACAUCUGUGCCACCCUGAGCUGCCUGCCCUGGUGGGACCAGGCGUUGGAAUGAGAAUAUUCGUGCCUGGCCGGCCGCAAGGGGCAGGAAGAGUGUGGCCCCGGUGUCCCCGUGUCCCCACAGAGCUGGAGGGUGGCCAGGGCUCCCCCACCCGCUGCGCUCGGCUGGACUCUGCCCCGUUCCUCCCCUUGGCCUCCUCCCAGCGGCCACAGAGGCAGCAGCAGGGACGGGCACAGCCAUGGCUGCCCCCAGCCAGCCCCACAAGUCCACCUACGAUGUCAUUGUCGUCGGGGCCGGCAUCCAGGGCUCUUUCACUGCCUACCACCUGGCCCAGCGCCACAAGGACACUCUGCUGCUGGAGCAGUUCCUCCUGCCCCACUCUCGGGGCAGCUCUCACGGGCAGAGCCGCAUCAUCCGCAGCGCCUACCCCCAGCAGCACUAUUCCCGCAUGAUGCCCGACUGCUUCCGCCUCUGGCAGCAGCUGGAGGCCGAGACCGGCGCCACCCUCUACAGGCAGACGGGACUGCUGGUGCUGGGGCCGCCGGGAGAGCCGGAGCUGGAGGCCUGCAGGAGGAGCCUGGGCGUCCACGAGCUCCUCGACGCCGCGGCGCUGGCCCAGCGCUUCCCUGGCUUCCAGCUGCCAGCUGGCCAGGUGGCCGUGCUGGACAGCACUGCCGGGGUGCUCUUCGCUGACCGGGCACUGCGGGCAGUGCAGGAGGUUUUUCGCCGGCACGGGGGCACCCUGCGGGACGGGGAGAAGGUGCUGCGCAUCAAACCCGGGGCCACAGUCACUGUCACCACCCCUGCGGGGGUGUACAGAGCCCCCCGGCUCGUCAUCACGGCUGGAGCCUGGACCGGUGCCUUCGUGGAACAGCUGGGUCUGUCACUGCCACUGCAGCCCCUGCGCAUCGAUGUCUGCUACUGGAGGGAGAAGCAGCCUGGGAGUGCUGCCUUGGGCAGUGUCAGUCCCUGCUUCUUGACCCUGGGGCUGAGCCAAGCCCCCCACGGCAUCUACGGGCUGCCCUCCAUUGAGUACCCAGGUCUGAUGAAGGUGUGCCACCACCACGGCAGCCCCACUGACCCAGAGAAGCGGGACCAGGUCCCCUCGAGUGCCCCCUGCUCUGACAUUGCCAUUCUGAGCAGCUUCAUCAGCAGCUAUCUGCCCGGGCUGGAGACCCAGCCCGCAGUGAGGGAGACCUGCCUCUACACGAACACUCCAGAUGGAGAUUUCAUCCUGGACCGGCACCCCAAGUUCAGCAACGUCAUCAUUGGUGCUGGCUUCUCAGGCCAUGGGUUCAAGCUGGCGCCAGUGGUGGGGAAGUUGCUGUGUGAGCUGAGCCUGGGCGAGGAGCCAUCCUACGACGUGGCCCACUUUGCCAUCACUCGUUUCCCCGGUGUGCUUGGGGCUGCACAGUAGGUGUGGGGCUCCAGAAGUGCCCUCAUGGCAUCGCGCUGGCCUGCAGCUGUGUCCCUGCAUCGCAGUGUCCUCACACCCACACCUCCAUCUCCUGCAUUUCCACCUCCCUGCACCCUGGGGACUCCCAGCAUGCUGCAUUCCUCCAACCCUACCCCCCAGAUACCCUGCACUGCCGUGUCCCCACAUUCCAGCAUCCCAGCACCUCUGCAUCCUUGCUUCCCCACAUCCCUGCAUCCUGGCACCCUGCCUCCCCACAUCGCAGCACCCCAGCAUCCCCCGUGCCAUGCGGUGCCAGGCCACCUCUACCCAGCACCCACUCCUGGGGAACAAAUUAAGAAGCUUUGUCAGCCUCAUGAAGAUGGAGCAGGAGCAGCGCGGAGAGACACACUCGCUUAGGAGUCAAGUUAAAUGUUUUAAUGUUAAAUGUGCCAUUUUAUUAUCAUUAGAUCGCUCCCACUUAAUGAAAGCGCAUUAGCGCAGCGUGGCUUUAUGGCAGCGAGCACCGAGCUCGGCCUGUGUGCUUCCAGGAGACACUGGGGAAAGGGAAACAACCU